GCAAGUUUCUGCAAGCUUCUGCAAUCUUGUGAUAUCUCAUAUCUUCUUUCUAUCUGAAAUAGCUUCCUCCGUGGCGGGGCCUUGCCACCCCCGCCCAGGGCACGUUACAGUUGUGGUUGUGAUAAUAAUGCUGCGAUGAGGCGCGCCAACCACGGAUGUGGGGAGCGAAGGCACGUGCACCCCUCCAAACCACUCAUCAAGGGCCAAAAGAAAGAAUGCGUGCCCAGCGUUCCGACGACGUGUUGCGCAGUUGUAAUAAGCAGCGGGUCUUGAGCGGGGGCGGAAGCAGGCGGAAGACAAGCCCUAGGUGAAGCCAAGCUGAGCUAAGUUAAGCUCUGGCAGGGCCAGAAUAACGGGCGUGGAAUGGGAAUGGAGCCACGUUCCAUGCGAAGUCUGUUUCACUGAAGCCGGGCCUGGCUCUGGGCGAGAUCGUUCUUUGGCCUUCCUUUUUUUAUGUUUUCACUUUGUUUUUGCUUUGUUUUUGCUGUGGUAACUGUUACUUACAAUGUAGAUGUGGGAUGAUGUUUUUGGCAAGAGAAGCAAGCAAAGAAAGCAAGAAGCCGGAAAACCAGAAAAGAAGAAAUAAACGCUGAAUUCGACACUGUUUCUUUCUUCUUCUUUCCUGCUUCUCUUUGUCUGCAUGGAGGCGGUGGGCUUUGACUCCCUCUCAGGUCAGGGGCCUGCUUGUGCUGUAGCACCAGGACUUCUUUUCGUUUUUAUUAUUAUUUAUUUUCGGGAACUGCAUGUUUUUUCAGAUGAUGUGUGGUAUAUAUAACUAUAUAUAUAUAUAUGGGGUUGAUCAUUUUCGUCAGGAUAGGAUACCAUACCGGCAGCAAACCGGAUAUAGCAUCAGCAUGAUUAUUAAAGGGUAAGCUAAAUAAAUAACUAAUGAAUAAUAAUAAAUAGACAUUGGAAUAGAGUAGAAAUAAGAAUAAACACCAGCAAGCCAGCUAAAACCUUCCUGGCGGUCUGUCUGUUUGUGUUUGUCCCUCCCGCCUCCCGCCGAAAUAGUAUUCCUCCCUCCACUUUAAACCUUCGUCAUUCUCCGCCUCUUGGGGCAUAUUUUCUCUUUUCUUCUUCUCCUCCUCCUCCUCCUCCUCUUCUUGUCUCCCCUCUCCUCUGACUUACUCGUUCCUUAAAAAUAAAACAAUAAUACUCCACUCGCUUUCUUCCGCUCUUACAACACAAAUAAUCCGCAGCUGGACCGAUUCCCUAUUGGCGGCAAGCGUACUGGCGUGAGCUCUGUCCUGCGCGGUUGGUUGGGUGCAAGGGCUGAAGAAGUUACUGGGGCUGUUGCAUUUUGCAUUUUGCAUUUUGCGCUGGACGUCUUCUCUCGCUCUCCCACUUCUUCUCGCUCGUCUUUAAAUACAACCACCCCAAUCUCUGCCGCUGUCAUCGUCUCCAUCUCCGUCAAGCUAGUAUUUCUGAGAUUUAGGCCCUGACACUUCUACAUCAAUGAGUGUUGCCUCCCCUUUUCAUAUUCCUUGAGCAAGCCGUCGAAUCCAAUCCUGCUGCCAAAAGCCUACGUUAGCGCACGAAAACCACCAUCCAUCCAUCUUAGUGUAACGGAGACUACAACAAGCAACAUCCACCGCUCUGGUUCUUUGUCAGUCAGGGUUAUAAGAAACAUCCCACCGUGAAAACAGGAACCCCACGCUCUGUUUUUCUGUUUUUGUUAUUAGUCUUGCUCGCAACUGGCAGCAACACACACACACAAAAAAAAAAAAAAAAACACAUUGACCAACUCCUCACAUUACCCGUUGGGCUCCCAUCCACCCACCGCCACGUAUUUUAUCGCGUGUCCGGCUUAUCGCCCGCGCACUUUCGUUCUCUCCUGCUACGAAGUAACAACGAAUCGCACUCACUCAACUUCGUACACACAAGACGUUUACAUCAUGCUAUAAAGCCUUUAUUUAAAAAGAGGAGAAAUACUACUUCAAGACUAUGGUUCUUCUAUCGCAGCUUUUUGAAACAGACAGACGCGAAUGCUCGGAACGAAGCAUGGAAUCAAGCCAACCCCCUCCCUACGCUAGCCCCUCACCUCAGUCUCCCCAGUCUGUCGCGUCAUCCAACCCGGGUUCGCCCGCUGUAUCUCUCUUCUCCGCAAGAGCCCAUAACAGAUUCCCCAGCUCCGCGUCUUCGUUAGCCUCUUCUCCUGGCUUGGGGAGCCUUACAGAAGGAUAUAGCACUAUGAAGACCCCGCUGACCGACGUCAAAGAGGACCCACUUGAGCUCGAUACGAGUCUGGUUGACGGAAGCCCUUAUUUUGCGCACUUCAACCAGGUUCACGCGGACGAUGGCUAUUCCGCAGUGCUGGAAUACGAUCUUUCAGACGACGUGGUGGAAAAGCCGAGCUCGCCCAAGAAGCGAAAGUCGGAUGGCAGCACAGCUACAUCCUUUCGCGGCAUCUCUCGCUUAAGCAACCGAUUUACUUCCAUGUCGUCGAAAUGGAAACACAAGCAAGGAAUAGAUACGGCAGUCUUGGAAAAAUAUGAUGAAUCGCUGAGAUCGCGUGCAAAUUCUGCAACGUCGACGUUGGUGAGCCCGACAGUUAGCUCACUCUCCAUCCGACAAGGCCACACAUCCCCCUCUCCAGCAAGAACAGCUUUUGAAGAUCGGUUACAUGAGAGUGGUAUUCAUCCCAUAGACAUCGACAUGGCCAAUCGACAGGGUAUAAUAGACACAGAGCCAAAGGCAACCACACCUUUACUGCCACCUUUGAUGGUGAACCUUCCGAAUCGGGAUAACAUAUCGCCCACACAGUCACCACUACAGUCCCCCUCCGUAGCUGAUGUGACUGACAGCAACUCGCACCCAAAUACAACCCACAACUCCCUCGACGCUUCCAGAGCGACAUGCCUACCUUCACCACCGCUAUCCAAACAGGCCUCUGUAUCAUCCAUCAGUCGACAAUUGGCAGGAGCCAGAACUCAGGUUCAAGAUCUCUCCCCAGUCGCAAUGCCAGAGACGGAUGACGAGUGGUCCGACAAGCUAGGCCAUGCGAAUUUCACCAUCCGACCUGAACCCUAUCUCCCCACCUCCCGAACGCUCGAAGCCUUCGAGGAGCACAGGAACAAUUGGGAGCUUGCCCGCUGCAAUUACGCGAAACAUCUCACUCGCAUUGCAGAGCACUACGGCGCAACAUCCAACAUCUACCGGCUCACGGAGGAGAAAUGGGAUUCGGUGGAGGCUGGAUGGAGAGGGAACCACAACGAACUCGUCGCAGGUUUGGAAGACGGCAGAGGUAAUCCUGUCAGCUUGCUACACAAACCGGACAUCUCCAGCGUCGAAGCCAUCAAAAUCCCACAGCUGGACGAUAAAAGCAAGUUUCCUGACCGUGGUGAUGAGGAUAUUGUUGGACCAAUGUCUGUGGCGCCUGUUCUUCAACGAUCUUCGUAUCCGUCGGGCAAAUCGUUACGGAAGAGAACGUUCUUUAAGUUCUUGCAAGAUCUGUUCACCCCUGGGAUAAAAGCCUGACAGACGUCGAUAAAGCUGCGCUGGCCAUCAUCCCAUCCUGUGACCUUGUAUCAUAAUUGGUUGCCAUUUCCCCGUCGCCUUUUUGUUCGGAUUUCAAUUUUCAUUUAUUACUUUCUUCUGUUUCUCACAUACAUACAAGUCCCGCUCUCGCUUCUCGUUGAUUCAAAUGUCCCCUUCUCUUCCUUGUACAAACUAAUCUAUCCACAUGCCUUCUUUUAUUUCGUUGGCUUUAUCCCUCAAUUGUCAAGUGAAGUGUUUUCACAACACGACAUCGUCGACUUUUGGGGAAUAGCCGUGAUUUCGUCCCUUCGUCCUUUCCAUUCCUUACAGCUUAUUACCAUGCGACGACCGAUCAUGUUGGACGAUGAAUGAUGACGCUCCUUUAUAAUGCUGCUUUUGCUAGAGAUACCCACCUUUUACGCUCCUUUUAUUAUUAGACACACAUACACAGUGAGAGGGAGACGUUCCCCUAUUGAUUCACCCUAGACCAUAUUUUAUGCCCUAUAAUUAUAAUUCAUUUAUUACACCGCUUAUAUCUAGACCUCUUCUUUACAUUUAUAUAUCCGUCCUGCUUUUCUGCACAAUUUACUAUACGAGCUAUUUUUCAGAACUUUUUAUUUUUAUUUUUUAUCGAUAGAUAGUUGUUUUUGCACCCCACCCCAUACCAUUGUGAGAGACGCCUUGCGCUCACGCUAAAAAGGGCCUACCUGCCUUCUUAUUUUUUAAAAAUGUUAAUUUUCUAUAUAAUGAGGUGACUGCGAAGCGAUGAAUUUCGGAUUCGGCUGCUGAAGAGAAUGAUGAGAGGGACCAGAGGGUAAGGAAAUACCCGAAGAGCUCGAGCUGCAGCUUGUUCCAAGGAAUCAUAUCAUCCCUCUUUCCCCUUCCUUUUCCCUCAUUGAACCCAAUCACGCCAAAUGGGCAUGGGCGGGGUUGGUUUGCACUCCAUUCCCAUACUGAUAUCUCGCGGGUGCCUCGGACAGUUGGGUUUAUUACACCAGACGGAUGGGAUGAAUGGUAUACAUAUAUUGGUUAGAAUUUCCUAUAGACCCGGUUUCAGUCUACCUAUCUCAUCUCCCAAUGUUCUAUAUAUCAUCGCGCGCGGUGUGUGCACUUUCGUCUUCCCUUAUUUUUUUAUUUUUUUUUCUGCAUCAUUUCUUUUUCAUGCCGAAUACCACCAACCAUCAACCAACCAACCAUCCCGCCCAACACAUACAUGUACAUAUCUUCAAAAGUGUUUCCCCCCCACUACUCCCACCCCAAGAUGCCUGCAUCUAAUCCAUAAUAACUCUAUUCUGGCCGCUCGAUAUUAUCUAUUAACCCAUCCGCUCUGCCUUACUUUGCCACUCAGCCACUGACGCUCAACCCAACCCUCAACUUUGUCCUCCCAACAUGUUUCAUCAUAGACAUAGACCAUACAGGGCUCUUUAUUUUAUUUUGCUGAUUCAUUCAUUCAUUCGCUAAUUUGGAAAAAGAGGGCUCUUGGAAACGGUGAGAAAAGGGGUAAGUGAGGAGGAAGCUGUUGGGAGGGGUGAGUGUUUUUAUUGUGGGAGUCUGGUGUGGGGCGUGUUGGGUGGAGGUUGCUUGUUGGUUAGAGGUAUUGAGGCUUUGAAAAUGAUGAUGAGAUGAUUAGAUAGUACAUCUGAAUCAUGAUGAGUGAAUGGAUGAAUAUAUGUCAUGAUUUGUGAGUUACUAUUUAUAGAGUUAUCACAUACGAACAAUAUUGUGGCGGAUGUACGGAGUAUUGCUUCCGAAAACAGAAUUUUCUCAGCCCCUCUCUGAAAAUUAGUAGCAAGAAAAAUCAAAAUAUCCAUGUUUCUCUAGAAUCAUUCAAUUAUCAUUCAAUACAUAUCUUGCUUACUU